GGAGAGCGCAAUCUAAAGGCUAAAACAUGCUGUCAGAUGAUGCUAUCCUCCCCGGAUUUGGUUCCCUUUCUCUUAGCGAUAACCCUACGGGUUGGGGUCCAACAGAUAUACCAGAAGAGUUUAGAAACAUGCCUUUUCAACCAUUUUCAAAGGAUACUCGCUUAGGCAGAGUAAGCUUCCUCUGAAAUAAUUCUUUUCGUAAUUGUUUAGGUUGCAGAUUGGUCAGGAAAUAUUUUUCAAGAUAUGAAAAACAAAGGUUUCACAUAAACUUUACUCUUUGAAAUUUUUAGGUCGCUAUGUCACUCAGUCUGUGGGUUCACAGUACGCUUACUAUCAUGAUGAGGACGACAGCAAUUUCCAACUAGUUUCUUCCGUUCGCGAGACGAAAACUCCCGCUAUUCGUCAAAGAUAUAGAUUCCCUAUGGUAAGUUGAACCAUAUUAACCUCACACCACUAUUUUUCGAUCGCUUAAGAACAGUUCUAGGGUUUUUGAUUCUAAUGAUGAGAAUAAGUCACUCAGAAAUAUAACAUCGAAAAACCCCUAAAAAUUGCCUUGAGUCAUGUACAGAACUUUUGUACUCUUCAAUAUGAUUUUCAAGGUAACAAAACAUUUGUGUGCAGAUUGUUUUUUACUCAGUUACCACCUUCCGUUCCUCAUGUACGUAAACUAUGUUAAGUAUAUUCCAUUAUUAUGUCAUGUGUUUGUGACUGGACGUUGUCAUUCAUCUUCCGUUUUCUUUGUAAUAAAUAAAUCACGUUCAGGGAUAUCAGUGGGGUUUGCCAAUGAUACAUAAGUUAUCAAAUAAGUACAUUACUAAUCUAGUUUUGUUAAUGCUUUUAGUGAAAGCAGAAUGUUUGAAUCAUUUCUAACAUUUAUUAACUGUAAGUCAGUGCCUUAAAACUUAUUUUCAAAGUAUUAUGAACUUGUUCUACCUGUAAUAUGCUUCCAAACUUCGAUUUGUGUUUCAAAGAAAUGACUGGCGGCCUAUGCCAAUCUAAUAACUUUCUGUUAGUGUCUAGUCUUUUCUUGAAAUAACAAAUUGAUGACUUAGUGAGAAAAUCUGUACGCCACCGGCACUCACUUCGUUUUUGGCCUUUUGAACUCGCCUGCUAUAUUUUGAUCUGGUAAGGAAGAAAAGAGGAUGUGACCAUGCCUCGGUCACUGGUGAAUGUUCGCUUUAAUGUUGCUCUUGAUUCCCAAUAUCCCCUCAUACACAACUCUACCCGUGUUAUGUAAUCAUGUCUUCAAUGUUUUGUCUAAUUUUGUUUGCUACUACAUAAUUUUGACAACCUCACUACUCGUUUCAUUAAUUUUGUGUCGUUUUUUUUAAUGUAGGAAAGCAACUUUAGUAAACAUUUGUCCCAGGCUCUACAUGAUGACUAAUUCCGUAUCUGCAACUAGCUUUUCUGAAUCCAGUUUACAACCUUGGUGGAUUGUUGAUAUUUUCUAAGCGUGGUCAGCGUUCUCUAGUCUAUUAUAUAUAUAAAUAUUCACUGAAACACUCAGAAUUCGGUUUUUCAUUUAUUGAUUUCAGCGUGGCCGCCGUGGUUUGGGUGGUCCAGGCUCAGGAUAUUCUUGGGCAGGAGGCCGGUCAGGAUAUCAGAUGAUUGGAAACCAGGGUGGUGUAGUAAACCGUAAGCUACGCAAUGCAUCAGACAGAGAACGUAUGAUGUUACAACAGAAUAGACGGUGGCAACACUGGGGCCCCCAAGGUGUUGGGCAGCGACGAGGGGGGACUCAAGGUUGGAGAUCCAAUGCAGGUGCUUGGGGCUCUAAUAUUGAUCGCAGGCAGGCCCACAGGGCAGUGCGUGAUGCAUCUAUUCAAAUUAAGGAUAAUUGGACGAUGUUGGAAGAGCUAGAUUUCGCUAGACUUGCAAAGUUGGCCCUACCUAACGUAAAGGAGCCCAUUGACAAGGUUAAUUGUGGAGAAAUGGAGUAUUAUGACAAAUCAUAUGAUCGCGUUAGCACGCGAAACGAACGUCCUCUUGUAAGAGUAAAUCGGGUUCUCCAUACAGUUACAACCUCCAGAGACCCAGUAAUUCACCGUUUAGCUAGCGACUCCGUUGGCAAAGUUUAUUGCACAGAUACGAUUGCUGCCAUGAUUAUGUGUUGCACUCGUUCGGUGUAUCCUUGGGAUCUCAUUGUACAACGCAUACAAGACCGUUUGUUCUUUGAUAAGCGCGAAGAUACUGAAUCUGAUUUUGUUAGUGUAUGUGAAACUGCAACAGAACCACCUAAUGAAGAACCUGGUCAUAUUAAUUCACCCCAGCGUUUGGCAUUAGAAGCUACUUUUAUAAAUACCAAUUUAUCUCAACAAAUGCUACUGAUGGGUGGUAAAACAUAUUCGUUCCCUGAAGAAAAUCCUUUCAAAGAUGAUGAAGAGGAGGAUGAGGAUAGUCCAAAUCCAUCUCAAAACAAAAAUCACGAAGGUGGUAAAGAAGAAUUAGGUUCUGUGGGAUAUCGAUAUCGCAUAUUUGAUUUGGGAAAUGAUGUUCAAAUGGUUAUUCGUUGCGAAGUGAAUGGUGUACUUCAACCGACUAAUGAUGAUCAGCCAGCCAGUCCACAAUUCGUAUGUAUACGCGCAUUAAAUGAAUUUGAUUCACGUUAUUGUGGUGGUGUCGACUGGCGUACUAAACUUGAUACUCAACGGGGGGCUGUUUUGGCCGCUGAGAUAAAGAAUAAUGCCUUUAAAUUAGCUGGAUGGACUGUCUGUAGUAUAUUGUCAGGUGCGGAUCAAUUAAAAUUGGGAUUUGUAUCUCGCGUCAACCCCCGUGACUCAUCUCGUCAUGUCAUAUUGGGCACACAACAGUUCAAACCAUCGGAGUUCGCCAAUCAGCUGAAUUUAAAUAUGGAUAAUGCUUGGGGUAUUCUGCGAUGUGUCGUUGAUUUCUUCAUGAAAAUGCCUGAAGGCAAAUAUCUAAUGUUAAAGGAUCCUAAUAAGCCUGUACUUCGCAUAUACUCUGUACCUCAAGAUGCUUCUGAUUCAGAUGAAAGCGAAGAUGGUAUAAGUGAAGAAGAAGCAGUUAUCGUUGAACAACAAAACUCUGAACCAAGUAAGACAGAAGUAAAUAACAUGUCAGGACAUAGUCAAGACGGUAUAGAGGGUCAGUAUAAAAAUACUGAAUCUGUCACUCAGUUAAGGACGACUGAGCCUACUGAAUCGUAACGCAUAUGCUUGACAAGUAUAUCCGAAAUAAAUAUUUAUUAAUAAUUGCGCUUAAAAUUUUAUUCCAUUACCGAA